AAAUUAAUUAUGUUUCACUUCAUUUGAUAAUGAAUUUCAUUUGAGCAUUUAAUUGAAGUGAAUAUUUAAUGGAUGCUAUCCUUAUUGGUAUUCAAUUUCUAUAAGUUUUGAUAAUAACAAUAAUUAGUUCUUGAUUUUUUUUAUUGAAAAUUCUUAUUGGCUGAUCCUGAAAUCAAAAAUUCAUAUUUGUAGAUAUAUGAUACCCCAGACCAAUAAGAUUUAAAUACAUUGCUCUGAGUAUGAUAUACUCUUCAGCUUAUCACUUAUCUUAUCGCAUUGCUAAUCAAGAUUAGAUAACAGGUGACAUGCAUAAAGAUUAAAGAUAAUUGAAUACUUAAUUCUAUGGUGACAAUUUGUAGUUACUCUUUGGUUAUUUGUUUAUUUUUGAAAUUUGAAUAUUUAUAGGCUAUGUUUUUAAGAAUUAUUUUUAUAUUAGUUAAUGUGAUUCUCUUUCUCAAUGGAUUACUCCCAAUUCGAAGUACUUCCAGUCAGUUCUCCAACUCCGAACAAAAAACGCAAAAAAUUUCGAAUGCUAGGAACUUUGAUCGUACUGUUAUAAUGGUUAUUGAUGCUCUGAGGACAGAUUUCGUGAAUGAUGAUUUUAUGCCCCUAACUACUACUUUAAUAAAAAAGCAUGGGUGUCUUAUUGAUGUUUCAGUAGCAUCACCUACAGUUACAUUACCUAGGAUAAAAAGUUUGAUUACUGGAAGCGUACCUCAAUUUACAGACUUAUUUCAUAAUUUAGGUAGUGCUCAGAUACUUGAUGAUAGUUUAGUACACAGGGCUAGAAAACGUGAUAGCCAAAUAGUAUUUUAUGGUGAUGAAACCUGGCUUAAAAUUUUACCAAAUAACACUUUUCUGAGAUACAAUGGUACCUCUUCUUUUUAUGUGAAUGACUUCUAUGAAGUAGAUGAUAAUGUCACUAAGCAUUUAGAUUUGGAGCUGCAAAGAAACGAUUGGGAUAUGAUGAUUUUGCAUUAUUUAGGGCUCGAUCAUAUUGGUCAUGUUCAUGGCCCAUUUUCUAAUCUCGUACCUUCAAAACUGCAUGAAAUGGAUAUGAUUUUCUCAAGAAUUUUUGAAAAUUUUAACCGAAGCAAUCUUUCUUCAUUGGUAAUUCUCACUGGAGAUCAUGGUAUGAGAGACAGUGGUGGCCAUGGGGGCUCAACUUAUUCUGAAACACAUGUACCAUUGGGGGUUUUGGGAGUUUCAUGCGAUAAUGGUCACAUUGACCAGGUGGAUAUAACUCCAAAUUUGGCAAUACUCCUUGGCUUGGAAAUUCCUUCUUCGAGUAUAGGAAAAUUGACAAGGUUACUCUUGAAAAACCUCACGUUACAUCAGUAUUUAGUUGCUUUGUUUCAUAAUACAGAAGUAUUAAAUCGCAAGCAUGGUGAGGAUUUGGAUGAAUUUGAAUCUAUUUCAAGGCUUCAUAAGUCUUACUUGGAACAAAAUGAUACAAAAACUGCUAUACUUUUAACUCAGAUGUGUAUAGAAUAUUCUGAAAAAAUUAGUAGGAAACUCAUAGAAGCAUCUACACAGCAAGAUAUAUUUAGUAUGCUUGUGUCUGUGAUAUUUCUUUGUUAUUCCUUCAUAACUCAUUUGAAAAGAAAGGAAUUAUUCAAAAUUCCAUUAUUUAAUCACUUAUUUUACUUGCUUUUACUUAUAAUGAGGUUGUUUUCUUUUGAUAUAAUUGUUUUGGUCCCAGUUUUAAUAGCUUCAAUUUUUCAAAUGUGUGAUUUGCCAAAAAUCUGUAUAAAAAAUAGUACCUAUAUUGAAAGUUUUAUUCUGUUAUUCUUCUUAUUUUUCCAACCUAUUACUUGGUUGUCUUCUAGUUUUAUAGAAGAAGAACAUGAGUAUUGGUAUUUCAUUCUCAAUGCAUUCUUUGUGUUUCAAAUUUUCAAGGGAAUUGAAAAUAAAAGCAUCUUGUCAGUGUCAUGGUUUUUCAUAAGCAUAUUGUUCCGUUUUGCUGAAACUUUGAAUCAGAUGGGGGACAAAUGGGCUUCAUUACCAGACUCAUCUGAUUUCCUGUUGAAGCCGGAAAAUUAUUUUUUCCACUCAACAUUAAUAGGUUGCAGUAUAUUCUUUAUUUAUUAUUAUUGUUUAAGAUCUUGUAGGAGUAUUUAUCAUUUAGAAAAAUUGAUAUUAAUUCUUAUAUUUCUUUAUAAAUUAAAUGUGUUCAAUCAGAUUAUUCUUCCAAGGAUUAUAUAUAUUCUGUUGUUAUUAUACUUUGUUUUUAGUAGGGAUUAUUUGAAUUCUUGGAUUUUACUUAUUGCCCUGUUAACAAAAGCUUCUAAUUUAUGUGUUAUUCCUUUAUCUGUAUAUACUUCUCGUCUAAUAGUCAAUGAAUAUAGAUCAACUACUGUGAUUACAUGUUUACAUUUACUUUUAAGCAAAAGUUUAUAUUUUGUACAAGGCAAUGGAAACAAUAUAGCAAAUAUUGAUGUUGCAGUGGGGUAUACAGCACUUUCAACUUAUAACCCAGUUUUAGUGGGGCUUCAAUUACUAGUCAACAUUUACUCAACUACAAUUUUAAUGCAUUUGCAGUUAUACAUCUCAACCAAAAAUGAUAAAUUUUUUUAUCUUUUAUAUGCAGAAAGAUUGUUUAGUACAAUUGCUGUUUGUAUUGUAACUAUGAUAUUUAGGAAUCAUAUAUUCAUUUGGAGCGUGUAUGCCCCUAAAUUGUGUAUAGAGAGCGCCCAUACAAUUGUAUUUAUUGUUGAAUUAUUGUUUUUUAAUGUUAUUUUCAGGCUUUUUAAAAAUAUUUUGGCUAAUUUUAGAGGUGUGAAUUCGACAUGUUUAAAACCGGUGUAAAUUUGUGCGAAAUAAAAAUUGAAUAAUAAAAUAAUAUUUCGAUCUUAUCUAACCCAACUUGAAAGUUUAGAAUGCCCCCUAUUCGAUGCUCAUUGAAAGCAUCUCGAGAACUAUGAGAGAAAAAAUCUUCAACAACCUCUGAUCUCUUUUUUCUAAAUAUGUUAUAAGAUAUGAGAAGGCAGAUCAUAGGAAUCUUGAUUCAUUCUUGAGAUACAGAGUGUUUCUGAAGAAUGAAUGGUUCAAAUAUUCCGAUUUAUCUUGGUUUCUGUUCGAGAUAUUCCAAAAAUUUUAAAACAUUUCUUCAUUAAUUUUUUGAUGCAUAUAACAGAUCAUAAAAAUCAAUUACCGUUUUAGAGAUAUGGAGGGGAGUUGGUGUUUCUUAAAUGGGACACCCUAUAUUUUUCAACGCAGUUUUUUAGCCGCAGAUUUGACGAAAAGCAUCUUGUUAUCGGUUUUUCAAAAAUGUCACCCGUUUUAAAGAUAUUGAGAUUUUCAACUUUUUUGUUUGGACAU